AUGGCCCGGUGGCCCGCACCUCCUCCGCCUCCGCCUCUGCCUCCACCUCUGGCCGCGCCGCCACCGCCCGGCUCCUUGACUAAGGGGCCGCCAGCGCGGAAGCUGCUGUUUAUGUGCACCUUGUCCCUGUCCGUCACCUACCUGUGCUACAGCCUCCUGGGCGGCUCGGGAUCCCUGCAGUUCCCCCUGGCACUGCAGGAGCCGGCGGGCGCUGCCGCCGAGCCCCCGCGGAGCCCGCCGCCGCCCUCUCUGCCGCCUCCCCCCGUGCGCCUCGGCGCCCCCUCGCAGCCGCCCGCGCCGCCGCCGGACAACGCGAGCCUCCGGGAGCCGCCGGAGCCCCGUGAGCAGGCUGCCGCCCCCGGAGCCGACGGCUGGGGGCUGGCGAGCGGCGGCAGCGGCGGCGGUGGCGCCCGGGACGCCUGGCUCCGGCCCCCGCAGGCCCCCAGGGAGAUGACCACGGCUCAGAGCUUGUUACUGGAGAGGGAAGCGCAGGAGUCCAGCACCACGGACGAAGACCUCGCAGGCCGGAGGGCGGCCAACGGGAGUAGCGAGCGGGAUGGCGCCGCGAGCACCCCGGACUACGGGGAGAAGAAGCUGCCACAGGCGCUGAUCAUCGGUGUCAAGAAAGGGGGGACCCGCGCGCUGCUGGAGGCGAUCCGCGUACACCCGGACGUGCGGGCGGUGGGCGUAGAGCCACACUUCUUCGACAGGAACUAUGAGAAGGGGCUGGAGUGGUACAGAAAUGUGAUGCCUAAGACUGUGGAUGGGCAGAUAACCAUGGAGAAGACGCCAAGUUACUUUGUGACAAAUGAGGCACCUAAGCGCAUCCACUCCAUGGCCAAGGACAUCAAACUGAUUGUGGUGGUGAGAAACCCAGUGACCAGGGCCAUCUCCGACUACACCCAGACACUGUCAAAGAAGCCCGAGAUUCCCACUUUUGAGGUGCUCGCCUUCAAAAACCGGACCCUGGGGCUGAUCGAUGCCUCCUGGAGCGCCAUCCGCAUAGGGAUCUAUGCUCUGCAUCUGGAGAACUGGCUCCAGUACUUCCCCCUCUCCCAGAUCCUCUUUGUCAGUGGGGAGCGACUCAUAGUGGACCCCGCUGGGGAAAUGGCCAAAGUACAGGAUUUUCUAGGCCUCGCCCGUGUUGUGACUGAGAAACAUUUCUAUUUCAAUAAAACCAAGGGGUUCCCUUGCCUCAAGAAACCAGAAGACAGCAGCGCCCCGAGAUGCUUAGGCAAGAGCAAAGGUCGGACUCAUCCCCGCAUCGACCCGGAUGUGAUCCACAGACUGCGGAAAUUCUACAAGCCUUUCAACAUUAUGUUUUACCAAAUGACUGGCCAAGAUUUCCAGUGGGAACAGGAAGAGGGUGACAAAUAAGGCUAGAGAGGUGAGGGAAGGUUAGGGGGUAGCUAAGGAGAGCCCUUACCAGAGUCCUGAAUCUCCCAGGAUCUGAAGCCUAAGCCUUGUUAGGGUGCCACCUAGACUCCUCCUUUGUCUGGUCAGGAUUGCUUCCCUAUGGAGUAGCCAGGCCUGCCUGGGCAGAGACAUCUGCUUGACUAGAUGGCCACCAGAAUCUACUGCUAAUUCUUGUCUUCUACUAGUUAAUAGAGUCUAAGACAGGAUUGAAUAGCUGUCAAGGUUGAAGAUAGUGCCAUGAAUGUUCAUUUAAGGGAAAAAGAGGAAGGCCUACUUUGGAGGGCUUUCACCUUGCUCUGGGAAGCCCAAGCUGUAGUCCUAUGUCUGGUCCAGGCUCUUGCUGUAUAAAACUCAGCUGUGACAUCUCUCCAGAAUGCUGAUUGAAUGUUCCAGUACUCCUAGGGGCAGGGUCCUCACUCUAAGGUGUCUCUAGCCUUCCUGAAAAGUCUCAUCCCACAACCCUGUGACUUCCUCCCUCCGCUCCUUAUGAAGGGAGGGGCAUGCACAUUCCUCAUCAAAAAAAGUUGAUACCCUUGGGAACCCUUCUAAAAGCCCUCCAAGGAGGGUUGGGUCUCUCUCUUCACAAGUAUCUGGGUGCCAGAAAAGCUUAGUUUAUGCCCCUGUGUUAGAUUCAGGCCCAUGUUGCUGUCAGAGCCAUGCAGCAGCAGUUAAGAGCCCCAAGCUUGGUAAAGAUGAAUGCCAUUUCUGGGAGCGAAAAAAGAAAACUAGUCCUCUUGUAGGGGAGGUCUCCACACCUGCAGGUCCUACCUGCAAGCACCAUGGUUCUGAAACAUAAUUUUGGGGUAGGCUCUGUCUUUUAGGGUUUCUCUAGGGGCAAGGACCAGAAAGUUGGCAUGUCUUAUGUUAUGAAUACCCUUAGCCACACAAUGAACAGGAGACCAGUCACCAUUGUCUAUUUGAUGCACCUUGUCCCACCAUGGUCAUCUCAUGCUUCAUUUACUCUAUUCAGAGACAGCACAUAUUGGGGAAUGGCAAGAGGGCUGAUUCCACUUGUCACAUCCAGUUUUGGGGGGUGGGGGAAAGCAAGGGCUGUCUGGGACACCCCCUUCAAGGGCUGCUGACUAAAGUGUCCCUUCCCAUUAGUUUGAUUUGAUCACAAUGCCGCAUUUGACA